AACAAUCCGAGCUUGUGUGGAUGUUGCAUUCCGCUGAUCCCUGACGUUUCGUUAAGGCGGCGCUACUUGGAUGCCGGACCCAAUGGGGUCCAGCAUUGCUUCAAAGCGGCCCACUUCAUUGAAACGGCCAAUGUGAACGAAAACAGCUCUGGACAAGAACAUUUGAGCUGUCCUUACGCGAUGGAAGGCGACAAGAACGAAGCCAAAGGUAAGGUGGGCGACCAAGUGAUGCAGAACCCACAAGCGCUGGCAGCUCUUCAGGACAGACUAGAUAGCAUCACACACACUCCUUCUGUUAUGGACAGUCUACCCACAUCUGUCAAGAGAAGAGUCAAUGCCUUAAAGAAUCUACAAGUCAAGAGUGCGCACAUAGAAGCCAAAUUUUACGAAGAGGUGCACGAACUAGAGAGAAAGUAUGCUGCACUCUAUCAGCCACUGUUUGAUAAGAGGAAAGAAAUUGUAACGGGUGCGGUGGAACCUACAGAUGAGGAGUGUGAAUGGCACAGUGACCACGAGGAGGAAGAGCUAGCAGACGAGCUACAGAAGAAAGCUUCUAUAGAGGAGCCGAAGGAGGAGGCCGCUGCUGAGGAGAACCCCAAAGGAAUUCCGGAAUUCUGGCUCACCAUAUUCCGCAGUGUGGACAUGCUGAGCGACAUGCUUCAGGAACACGAUGAGCCAAUACUUAGACAUCUACAAGACAUUAAAGUAAUAUUUUCUGGUCCUGAUGAGCCUAUGAGUUUUACAUUAGAGUUUCACUUUGAACCUAACAUCUACUUUAAAAACACCGUCCUCACAAAAAUGUACAAGAUGAAAUCUGAACCAGAAGCUGAGGAUCCGUUCUCAUUUGAAGGGCCAGAGAUUAUUGACUGUGAGGGAUGUGAGAUUGACUGGUACAAAGGCAAAGAUGUUACAGUCAAAACAAUCAAGAAGAAACAGAAGCACAAGGGCCGGGGCAUCGUAAGGACGGUCACUAAACAAGUGCCCACUGACUCCUUUUUCAACUUCUUCAACCCCAUUAAAGUUUCUCCAGAUAAUGAAUUGGAUGAGGACUCUGAGUUCACUCUAGCCACAGAUUUUGAAAUUGGCCAUUUCUUCAGGGAGAGGAUAGUACCAAGAGCUGUGCUGUACUUCACUGGAGAGGCACUGGAGGAUGAUGAGAGCUUUGAGGAAGAAGAGCUUGAUGAGGGUGAAGAGGAGGACCAAGAUGAUGAAAUGGAUGAAGAGGAGGAGGAGGGAGAUUCUAAGAGUGGGGAGGCCCAACCUGCAGAGUGCAAACAGCAGUAAUAGAGAUUCCUCUACUGCCCCCUACAGUAACUCAAACUGGAACCUGCUCGGCGUCGCCUGAUUUCUGCAGAGCACAGCCGUCCUCACAAAGCAACAGUGGAAAACAUCAGCAGACAACAGAAUAACACGUUGCAUGACUUGUGUGAAAAUUUGUCCUGCCCACUUUUCAUUUUCCCCAUGACUGUAUGUGUGGACGGAGGGUGUUAUGAACUGUGGGUAGGACAAAACUACAAAAUCCCGUUAACAGCUGUGGGAUAUUGAAUUCAGAGCAAACUGCCGAUGUUCUAGAAACUUUUAGAUUUUUUCUUCUGUUUGUUUUUUUUGUUUGUUUUUAUUUUUUAAUCCAACAACACAUUCCAGAGGCCCUUGUAUUGGAAUGAAGUCAGUCCCAAAGUUGAUUGAGCUAAUUUAACUUUUUUGACGUGAUAUCAUAGUUUACUCAGGGUUUUUUAUGCCAAGAAGACGUGAGCAUACUCCGUUGUGAAACCAUUGAUGAGAAAUUAAACCCACUUAAAAGUUUUUUCCAUUCCAAAACAACAAAAUUUUUUAAAUCCAGUUCCACUUUCUCUGAAGUUAUUUAUGUGAUUUUUGCUUUUUUAAUGGUUUUCAACUAGACAUUGUUCUUGCGGCCCUGGCGGACUCUGCGAGAGCGUGAGAGAGUGGUCUCUCUGCUGUAUGUACUGUGCCCUGUGGAGUUUGCCUCUGCCCCCAGCAUUUAACAACAAUGCUGUUGCUUUACUGCCCCAACAAACGCUUACUAAAGAAUUAAACAUGAAUAUUGCCAAA